AGAAGAGUGUUUGGAUAUUCGGGAAAUUCCGCGAGCGUGCGCAGUUGAUAUGUGUUGCUCAAUGUUUUUGUUUUAGCCUAGCUAGCUCUCUUGCUGUUCCUGGCAGGCGAAGUGAAUACAAAAUGGAAAUGUCAGCUCUGUUAGUUAAUGUUAUAUCUCUUCUUUUUGCCUCAGUAACGUGCACAGAGUCGUCGCCUAGGCAACUGAAUACGGAAAACAUCCUGAUUAAUGUGACGGCAGGGACACUGGCGGACACACAGCUGCAGGACUCCAACAACUUGCAGAUCAAUUUAAACAUAUCGGUGGGCGAAGAGCAGGUGCUGGUCAAUGAUGUCCCAGUCGAGCUAUCAGGGGUCACCAGGUUCAACUGCCAAGCACUUCUCUUAGACGGCAUCAAUGGAAGCAGUGAGUUUGAAUCUGGGGACUUGGUGUCCACUAUCACCCGUGUGAUGGUGAGCCAGAACCGGCUAUACAGCGACUCAGAGGAGGUGGUGGCUCUGCAGGUGUUCAGUGAAGUAAUUGAGAUGGAGGGCAAACAGGUCCAGCAGCCUGACAUGUGUGAGGUGAAAAUACUGAUGAGCCCAGAUUUCCAGAAGCUGGCUCAGUUUACCAACAUCUACCCCAUCGGACACAGUGAGAUCUUCAGGGUUCCCCGGGAGAACGAUGUGGUGGUCACUGACCCACCAAAUCCUAGGAAAGACGAAGAACAGCUGAUGUCCCAGACCACUAGCCAGUACCCCCUGAAGCACACAGAGACCACCCAGGAGGAGAUCGCAGCCCCGGGAAAGCUCCCAGAGACUCCACUUCGUAUGGACCCCGAUCUCCUGUACGAUGUCAGAUACGAUGAUGAGUUUGAUGUCAGAGAGCCGAGCCAGCCGGAUCAGAUUCAGAUGGAAACGCCGCCCAAAGAAUUGUUAUCAUCGUACUCUGCCAUGUGUCAGUGGGUGGAGGAAGUGAGAGAGCGUCUCCGGCGCUUCAGCGCCGAGUCGCUGCCUCUUUUCUUCCUGGUCAUGUGGGUGGUGGUGAUCGGCGUUGUCGGGUCAGCGGUCAUCGUCAAGAUCUUGGACAUGUUCUUCCCAACUUGUGAACACAAACACAUUUUUCACCUAAACCCUGUCACUCUAAUGCCCGAGGAUGAGAAGCACACUCUGCUGGAGAACGUAGAAAUCGAGGCAGAAGAAGAAGAGGAAGAGAAGAAGCCUUGAAUGAGCAGUUGAGUUAGCAAGCUCCUUUUUAUUUUCAGUUGGUUCUUAUUUGUUUUUCAACCUUGGUUACCCGGUUACGUUUUCAGCAUGGCCUGGUUUUGUUGUUAGCUUAUAUUCAAAAAUGUGUGAAGCAGUAGGUCGCGUUUCACUUCAGUUGACCCUUUUAAGCACAGCGGCCAUGCAGCAGGAGGUCCUUUAAUGGUCCACCUCAAAUUUAGUGGCAUGAUCAAAAUGGGAACGAAAUUACGUUAUUCAUAGUGCUGAAUCUCAACUUCCCGUGUUGUGAUGUCAGCUGUGAAGGUGUUGGUUAGCGGUCAGUCAGCGUGUUAACCUAACUCUGUGCAAUCCAACUCUUUGCUCCUGUGAUUGGUCGGAUAGAGUUUAUGAAAAGUCACUUUUAUCCAGUCCCAAAUGCCUGUGCUUUUACGGUAACGAGUUACUAGAAAUGACCUCAUUGUAACAUUGUAACAAGUUACUAGAAAUGACCUCAUUGGGUACUUUUGCUUUACCCGGGGUCACGUCAGACAGCUAGCCUGCAUAAUAUAUAUCUUGUUUGUUUAAUAUGCACCAAAAACAAAGUGCAAAAAGGAUUACGUUCCAGACUAUACCUGGCACAGUGACUUCCUCUGAGGCUUACCAUGAGGUUGCCAGGCAUCCUGCAAAGACUUCAGGAAGUCACUGAUUGAUCCUUUUCAUCCAACGUUGGGCAAAAAGAAGGAAAUAAGCAUAUUUCCUAAACUGUCACACUAUUCCUUUAAGCCAUUCUUAAAGUGCCGAGGAACAGACGGUAAGGAUCAGAGGACACCGAA